GUAAGCGAUGUUGUGGCGGCAAAAGUCCUCGUACGUGAAUGUCUGUGUUUGCUAGGGAGGUUAACCCUAUAAAAUAAUUGCAAACAAAUCGUCAAGUGAAUGAAUUCAUAAUUUUCUGCAUCAUCAGCUGUUUGACAGCAUCUGUUCAACAUGGAUAUUACAAAAUUGCUCCAGAAGAAGCGUCGGGCUAAGACAAAAGGGGACUUCAAAAUAAUCGCAGAAGUGUCAAGAGACCUGGGGGACAUGUACUUCCAAACGGGCAAGAAUGCGGAGGCCCUGGACCAGUACAAGGACCAAGUCGAGGCCUGUGGAAGAUUAAACGACACCCUGAAAGUGGCAGUGGGUAACAGAAUGAUUGGGGAAGUCCUGACAAGCAUGGACCGCUUCGAAGAGGCCCUAGUCUACCAGAAUCUCUACCUCGUGGGUGCUAUCCAAAUGGACAAUCUCAUAGAGCAGCAAAGAGCCUACGCAACCCUAGGCCGCACACAGUUCUGUCUGAGUCAGUUUCUGGAGGACAGAGUCCAGAAACGCGACGCCCUGAAUGCUGCCAAGACUGCCUACAUAACGAGCCUGAAGACCUGCGAUAAAUUCGAGGAGUCGGGGGCACAAAUAGACAGGAAAGAGGUCAUGACAAUGCGAGCAAGGCUACUGAUGAAUCUCGGUCUGGUUCUGGAAGCGAAAAAACAACCUGACAAGGGAAUCCAGCUGAUUGAGAAAGCUGCACGUCUCUGUGAGCAGAACAAUCUUAACGAAGACUUGCACAGGAGCAAUAUCUCCCUGGGGGCCCUCCACGAGCGUUUAAAAAAUUAUUCUGCAGCACAGGAGUUCUACCAGCGAGCGGAGAAAGUUGAGGAUUGUGUACUGAAGGGAGCAGCUCGCUUAAACGAGGCAGAACUCCUUGUGAAAUGGGGAAAGUGGACUGAAGCGAGGAAAAUUCUGGUUCAGUUGUACGUUCACCAGAAAAACUCGUCGACGAAUCUGGAGAUAGUCUCCAAACUCCUGAAGAUCGUGGCAGUUAUUCAGCUCAGCCAAGUUAGGCUGAAGACAGAAGAGAGCAAUCAAAAGAGAUUGGAGAUCUAUGAAAGCAUGGGGGACACAGCGUCUGCUGGAAAUGCUUUUGAAAGUGCCCUGGAGUAUUACCAAGACAUGUUGGCAUGCGCUCAGAUCGGUGAAAUCGAGGAGAAAACGGCCGCUGCCCUGACGAGCCUCGCCCAGACGUUGAAGGAUCUGGAGAAAUACGACGAGGCUGUAAUUUAUGCCAGAAAAGAGUUGGAACUCUGCAAGGAUCCCAAGGAGAUCUGCAGAUCCGCCCUCUACCUUGGGGAGUUACUCGUCCUAACGAGUGCCCCUGACGCCCAGAUUGACGAGGCCUUCACCACCGCCCUGACGAAUGCUGAGAAAUCAGGGAACCUGUCCCUGAAGUUAUCCGUCCUCAAGACCAUGCUGGAUCACUCUGAAUCUAAAGAAGACGAGGUGACCGCUUCAGAUUUGAGGAACAAAAUAUCAGACCUGAGGGAAGAAAUUUCUGACGAAGAGUCGAGCGACGAAGAGGACCUGGAGACGUCUCUGAAUGAUAUCAAAAUCAACAUCGAUGAACUGUCGGACGUUGAGGAGGAGAUGCAGAAGAGGGGGGAGCAAACAGUCAGGAAGAGUCGUCCCAAGCGUAUGGAGUUCAAGAGGAAUAUCAAGGGGGAGAUGCCCCUUCAGGUCGCCUGCAUCGAGGGGAACAGGAACAAAGUGCAGGAGCUCUUGGAUCAGGGGCAUUCAGUCAACUGCAGGGAUUAUUGCGGCUGGACACCUCUGCACGAGGCGGCCAAUUACGGCUACAUCGAGAUCGCUGAGUUACUGCUGAAGCAUGGUGCCGACAUCAAUGAUCCUGGGGGUCCCCAGUGCGGUGGGAUCACUCCACUGCACGAUGCAGCUGUGUGUGGUCAUACUGUUGUCAUUAAUUUCCUGAUUAAACGAGGAGCAGAUCCCAGACUGAAGACUGACAAGGGAGAGACGGUUCUGGAUUGCCUGGAGAGCUGGAGGGAGAAAGUGGGAGUGCUGAGCCCUAGGGAUGAGGCUGAGUACCAUGUGAUUAGGAAUAAAUUGAAGCUGAUCAUUCCCAAGAUGCCUAAGCAGUCGCCAAAGGCUGGUGCCAAUGUAAAAGCUUCUCUUCAUCCUCUGAUCGAUCCUGACGAAGAUACUGGGGAUCCCCCCAUGAUUCCUCCAGAUCUGCCUGAGGAGACGAGAAUAUCUGCUGGGGAGGACUACAGGAGAACCAUCGAGAGUCUAAAGUCUAACAGAUCGAGGAUCAUGACACCCAUGAGUCCGAAACGGCAUGUCGCACCUUUGAUCGACAGUGAGGAAGCUCUGAUUGAUGAGGAGGAUUGGCUCGAGGAGGACAUGGAGGUGUUGACCCCCAAGCGGAGGAGCACCUCCAGUAACGAGACCCCUGGAUCAAUCAAACGAAAGUCCAGUAAUUCAGCUUCUAAGAGUGAGAAAAAUCCCAAAAGACGAAAGACCAAUGAUGCAGAUGAGAUGAAGAUGUUGGAGGAGAGUCAAAACAGUCGAGAGAGUAUUGUCUCACAGAAUUCGGAUGUCUUCGCUGUUGGUACAUCAAACUCUUCACGAAUUCGCAAAACAAAAACUAAGCAGAAAUCGUUGCUGACAGCUGGAUUCACCAGGAAUAUGGACUCCAGAACUCCCUCGCCAGUGUUCCAGCAUCUUGAUCCUAUUGGUUCGCAGAUCAGGAGCCAGAGGUUUGAUGUCCAGGGGAGACCAACAGAUCCAGUGAAUGUUGAAGUGGAGCUGGACAGCAGUAUUAUCAAGACCAAAUUAAGAAUUCAAGACGAUAGCGAGAGUUUAAUUACCAAUUUGAUGAAUGAUGUUUUGGGAAAGUUUGAGGAGAGGACUGGGUGUCGGGGGACAGUCGAGCUAAUUACGUCCUCCGGCAGUGUUCUCCAGGCCAAUAACAUAAUUAAUAUUAUUUAUAAAAAUGAAGGGGUGUUACUGCUUGCUGGACGAGUACUGGACCUCCAGGUGCCUGCGAUUGUCGAGCGUUUCGAGAGGAUCUGCAGAGCCAUGAAAGUCGAGGUGGAUCCAGAGCUUCUGAGAUCGUUGAAGUCGUGCAAGAAUACUGGAAUUUUCAGACUGAAGAGUGACGAGGGGCUGGAUCUCGAGCUGCUUCCCAUUCUGAGGAGUCUGGAGUAUGAGAAGAGCCUUCAGGUGCUUCACUUGUCCUCAGGGAUUUUGCAUGAUCUCGGCGAGAGUGUCAACGAGACCCUGAGGAGGCUGACAGCUCUUCAGGAGCUGCAUCUCCAAGGCUGUGAUAUUGAUCAGAAUUUUGUGAGAGCCAUUGACAAUUUCCCCAAUCAACUGCGAGUGCUGGAUCUGAGCUACAAUCCGCUCGGGCCAGAGAGCCAAGAAAAACUUGGAGAAUUAAUUGCACCUCUGAAGUAUCUCCAGACUCUUAAUUUACGAUCUUGUUGGCUGGAGAGGUUCCCAGCAACGACAAUCAGCUCCAGCCUCGUAAAUCUCAAUGUUUCUGGGAAUUUUAUCCAGGGUGAUAGUAUAGAAUCCCUCCUCCAGAGGCAAAUUGUUAAUUUAAAUAUCUCCAAUACAGUAAAACCAGAGAAUUCAAUGUUAGAGGUUAUGAUGAGUGGGUUCAAGUCGAGUUUCAUGAGCUUAGAAACUCUGGAUCUUACUGGGUGUAAUUUGAGCAAUUCGGAUGUGCUGGAGGUGCUCGGGAAGUGCCAGAAUUUAUCAAAAUUUGCCCUGGGGGACAACCCUGAAGUGACUCAGGUAUCACUGGAAGCUUUAGUUGGCCGGAGACCAUCUCUAAUGCUCAUUAAUGUCACUGGGUGUGAAAAAAUUACAAGGAUUCCCAGCUUUGGCCUGACGAUUCAUAACCCCUCGGUCUGUACACUCAUGGCAAACUUCUCUGAAGAAGUUUGCAAUGCGUGGAGGGAAUUGUGGGGUGAGCAGACCAUUUUGUAUAGACAUCCGCACGACAUUACUAUCAUAAGACCAUUCACGUGAUUUCAUUCUUUUUUUUUCGUGAAUAACAAUUUUCUUCUUUGUUGUCUCAUGGGCCAUUUUGUAUAUUUAUUUCUCGCGUAAAAAUGAUUCGCCUAAAUUUUUUCUCGACUUUUCAAUUGUUUUUUGAAAGUUUUGUAAAUAGAUCUGUCUGUAGAAUGGGAAACUUAUUGUUGGAGGACGAAUUAUGAUUAUUAUUGAUUAGAAAACGUACGGGCAGGAAAAAAUUUAGAAAAUAAAUUGAAACAGAGUCUUCAGGAAAUGGGGACUGUAAAUAUUGUAAUAUAAAAAGUAGAAUAAAUUUAAUUUACCCCGUAGAUAGAGGGAAAGUGAUAUACUGAUAGCAAUUUUAUUUAAUAAAAUUCCUGUAAUGCUUUUAUUUUCCUUACAUAACCCUAGCUGUCGACUGAGCAAUGCAGAUGUCAAAUUUUUUUGUACAGACAAAUCAACUUCUUUUUUUACUUUACAAUUUCCUUAUUUAUUUCCUAUUCAAUUUGUUAAUUAUCUUCUCAGCGGCCAUCUGUACAACUUCUUACUCACUUUACAAUAAAUCUCGAUAACAUUUACGUAAUUCUGGUCAGGAUUUUCGGAAAAGGUUUUGAAUAGGCUUUCGUUGAGUGAGGGAAUUAAUUCUUGGAGCUCCUCUUCUUUGUCUCCGAGGAGCCAUAGAAAACUUAUGUGAAAAGAUGCCUCCUAAAAUAAAAGAAAAUCAAUUUACUGUCUUAUGAAUGUGUGAGAAAAUGAAAAAGAAAAUUGUUUUACCUCAUAGAAAGGUGGAAGCCCAUAGUCUGUCACAAGUUUAUUCAAUGAAGUCAUAUAAUGCUCGAGCGUUUGGUCGAGGCAUUGACACUCCAGACCGAGAAAUGUCCUGGUUCUCUCCUCGUUACAGUAGAUCUUUACAUUGGUUAUGCCAAAAGUAAAUUGUGGAGUUGAUCUAAUCAGAUCUCGAACACCCAUCAGGAAUGCAUCCACCCAGUGGAAUUUCAAGACCAAUGUGCGAGUAAGACUUAGGUGAAAGUCCUGGAGGACUAGGUUACCUGAUGGAAUUUUAUCCCUCACUGAUAUCAUCCAGGACUCCAUGGCUUCACUGGGUGUGUCUAGAGGGAUUAAAAUAAAAAUUAACGCUAGAAAAAGACCUUCACUACGAAAGCUGAAGCGACUAAUUGAUUAAUUUGUGGUUUAAAAAUUGAAGAAUAAAAAAAAACAUAACCAUUUCAAUGCUUCAAUAUUAGAAGAUUUACAUAUCUAAAGUAAUAAAAUAUGAAUCUCGAGACAGACGAAUUCGUUUGACUUUUCUGACCUCCAGUCAGCAAUAUACGUACAAGCAACAUAAACAAGUGUCGCCCAAAUCCCUCGUUCAUGUUCAAACGAUCUAACUCGUCCUUCGUGUUCUUCCGGAUUAUUAAAGACUACCGCACAAUGCUCCAGAGGUUCUCUAGAUGUAGAGAACCCUGGUAAACAACUAAAAAAAAUAUUGGCUGUUAAUGGGAUUAUAAACAUAACCUCUACAAUAAUGGAAAAUUAUUACAAUUUACUUGGUCCGGUUGACUUUGUUCUUUGGGGUCUUUGAAGGAUUUGCAUCAUCAUAUUCAUCGUCUGACCCUGAGGAAUAUCCUUUUAUUAACAUUAAACCUGCCAUUUCUGUGUUUUUCGUACUUAUUCGGUAUAACAACAAAUAGCGGAGAUGGGUGACGGUUGCCGAAGCUGCUGUCAAGCCCCACGUGAUGGCGUGAUGCCACCGAGAAUCUCGUCAAAUCAUUCCAACGACUAUAUGUUUUUGAGCUUAAAAUUAAUCUAAAAUGAUUAAAAAUCCAAGAUAAAUUUGGACAUAGUUUCCCUGGAUGGAGCUGCAAACGAUUCUCUAACGAUAUCGAUAGAGAUGUAUUACAAUGUAUUAUUGGAAAAAAAAAACAAACGAUAACAAUGAAUGAAUUUUGUGGUUCUCAAUAUUUAUUUAUAAGUUUACAUCAUCUUCGGCAGAAGUUCGUUUGCUCAAAGCAUUCCUGAAUUACCAGCUCAUAAGUUGAAAUGACUAAUAGAUAGUAAAUAAACAACAAACUGCCCAAAAGGGUGUAUGUGCUUUUAAAUGUUUCCUGGGAAUCUGUCCUCAGCAAUCUGCUCGUCCCAUUUCUCAAUCCAAGCGUUUGGACAGAGGAUCUGGUAGACUCUCUUGAAGUAGCGACAGGCUUCGUAGUCUUCACCACGAACCUUGGAGCAGCGAUGGAAAUCUACAUAAUUCUGAUAGCAGUUCCUGCAAAGCGAGAUUGAUUUUACGGUACAUGAGCGAAAAUUACCCAAAAAUAAUAAAAUGAAAAAUAAACUAAUGAGUUGAUGGGUAAAAGAACGGAUAACAUCUUGAACGCAUUAAAUUUUUAUUUAUUGAUUGACUGAAAAAACGUGACUAUCCAUUAUUAAUUUAUUAAUAAUCGUUUGGAAAAUAAUGUAGUGUCAAGUAUGACGAUUUCAAAUAUUUAUCUUUCUUUUCAGAAUUGUCUCAAUCGAAUUAAUUAACAAAUUUGAGAAUUAAAAAUGAUGGGCUUGAAAAUACACUUGGAUGUCAGCACAUUCUAAACAAUCUGUUACCCUCUAAAAAAGCAUUACUCAUCCCCAAUUACCUUGUUUGAUUAGUAUUUGGAAACCUUGGAUCAUAAGGCACCGUCCUGUACUUCUGUAAAGUCUCCAAAGUGAGAUCUUCUUUAUUCAUCUUGCCAGUAUCUUCGAGCUCUUCCUCUGCAUCGACAAACCGUAACGAUAAAAUAUGAGUACACCACAUAAGUCUCUCCAGGAAUACAAUCUAUUCUCUAUUAUCUCAGUUACACAAUUGAACAACGAAUAAUUACAGCUGUACGUAUCGCAUCUCGCUCUGAUCAAUUAUCUUGUACUAUUGAAUAAUCUUAUCCUAAUAAAACACCGUGCACUCGUGUCCCCUCAACUAUCUCCAGUCUCAGUCACCACUAAUGAGGCGGCGAAUUAAAAAAUAAUAAAACUAACUGAGAUAUCCGACAUUCCCCAACUUCUCCUGACUGUCCAUAGAGACUACGAUAACGUAAACGUUACCCGCCCCAAGCAUGACUAUUUGACAAGAGGUCUGGUAUUGUCCUCCUCCUGGCAACAGACUUCCCGAUACUUCUUCACCUCCGCCAUGUACAGCGACCAAGCAUCCUUGGGCUUUUCUCCCUUUUCCUCUGUCUUCGGUUUCGCCACCAUUCCAGUCUUCAGAAUUCUCCCACCACGUCUCUUCCCCACCAUGAGCGGUGGUGGUGCAACUGGUUUCUCCUCUAGGCUCGAUGUCGUUGGCUUCUGUACUUGUGGCAUCUGCUCCUGCAUCUUCUUGAACAUUUCCAUGAAGCUGCCAUCAUUGGCAAAGGCAUUGGAUUGAAGUGGAACAACAGCUGGGGCUGAUAAAACUGGCUGACCAGUUUCAGCCUGUUCACCAUGAUGCUCAGAAUCAGGUGAACGGUGAUGUCGCCUACCCUCUCGAUGACGAUCCCUAUCCCUUCUGCUUCGACUUCUGCUUCUACUUCUGCUUCUGCUGUUGGUUGAACUUCUGCUGACACUUCUCGAUCUGCUCCUUCGUCGAUCGCGUGAUCUGUUUUUACCCCGUGAUCUUGAUGGCGUUCUGUCGCGUUUAGUAUGCCUCCUGCUACGUUCGUUGGAACGCGAACGUUUUCGGGAUGUUGGUGGAGGUGAGCGUUGUUUGGAGGUACUUCUACGUCUUCGUCUCCUCUCGGUUGAGGUGUUACGCGAUGAUCUGCCCGCCCUGUACUCCGGCGAUUGGGAAUGACGUGUAUGGGACCUCUUGUGGGAGUCCUGGUGGCUUGAGCUAUAGUUCGGUGGUGACGGGGGCUCCGGAGUGUCUGAACGCGAUUGGUGGCCUCGAUCGUGACGCUUUGACUCCAUUAUUCGUUAGUAUAGAUGUGAGCCAACCCGCUCGGGUCCACAGGUUCUCGAUUAUCACCUUGGGACACCUACAAGGAUAGAAACUGCCUUCUAUGAGUACGGUGCUAUCUCUGCUGUCGGUUAUACCAGUUUACUCUCUUUUUUUUUUUUGGUGGUAUUUUAACAUGGCUCAUGGCUGAUUUUUUUUUAGUUGGAGAGAUACUAGUGAUUCAGAGCGAUAAUACGAUACGUCGAGCUUUGAUGGGGGGUCAUUGAUUGCUAGAGGCGAUUGGGGAGAUAUGUUGGGGGUGGCUGAAGUCUGUCUGGGAGAAACAACGUUUAGGAAAUUUAUUCCACCGGAAAAAUAUUCCCAUUAGAAAUAUGAAGGCCUCGCAAAUAACCUCCACAUAAAUUUCAAAAUUGGAAUCAGAACCAUAAAUUGAUACACACCGAAGUAAAGCGUUUUCAUGAGCAAAAAUGAAAGUAUUCAUUCAAGUUUGGCACAACUUUAAAUAUAAUGGAGAAUAAUUAUCCAGGAGAUGACAGUCUAGAAUUCAGUAAGUGGAUUAUAGUUUUCUAACCUUCGUUGAUACUGGGCACAAAUUGGAAUUGUUUAUUUCAUGGAAUCGUUAUAAUUCACAUUUCGAUUUACCUAUUUUUUUUCAAAUUUUUAAUCUAUGAAUUGCAAGUCUGUGUGUGUAGUUUGUAAUUUGCUAGUCAACAUCAUCAUUAUCAUUUGCACGAGGCCUACCAGACAAAAAUAUCAUAUCGAUUUUUAUUUAAUCACAUGCAUAAAUUAUGAGAACAAUCAGACUAGGCUAUAAUGUGUAUCAGCAUUGAUUCACCCGGGAGUACACCCUCAUUAAUCUAACGUAAUGUCUUACCAAAAAAUGUUCUCUAAAUCAAUUACUGAGGAAUCGUAUUAAUAAUGUACUUUAGUUCACUCUCUUCAUGAAUAACUCAUUAUCAAUGGUUCAUUCCAUAUUAAAUGCGGUAAAACAAUAGAUAUCUGUCUCUUAGGUAUAUGAUCAUUGACUUUUAAUACCUUAAUUUCGUCUUCCGUCGAAAACAAAAUGGCUACUGAAGGAAAACGUCUAUUUGCUCUUCUCCGAGGCUUUUCGUGAUCACUUUACGUUACGUCAUGAAUCUGUGGCGAAUUCUCUUGGAAUGGGAGGGGAAAGCUGCCAUUUUUUUUCAAUGCCAGCGCCACUGUCGGUGGCGGGAAGUUCAAAAACAAAUGAUUCUUCGAUUUUUUAAAAUUAUUCACUGCGUCUGAACUUAUGUCAAAUAAAAAACGAGAGUUUUUGUAGUAAUUUCUGUAUUCUUGGGGGUAAAGUGGGUGCGUUGUCAUCAGUUAUUGGAAGUUAUCGUUGAUGUGAUGCCAGCAACAUGUCUGGAGCAGGUCAUCCCCACCUCGAGACAGUAGCUGGGUUCGAUACACUGCCAUUUUCUUCGUUCUACUAAAAAUCCAAGAUUUCUUAGGAAUUUCGAUUUUUCAGUGAAUUUGGUUAAUUUAAUUAUUCUUCAUGGACCCCCGGGGUGGACUGGAGAAGUUUAUGUGGUCGGUGUACGAAACUCUUGAGGCACCAGUCGUCUGGUUCCGAG